AAUCAAAUUCAACUAUGGCUCACAUUAAUGUUAAAUUAAAGGAAUUAGAAUUACCAGAUGAACAUAAUAAAGAUCCUAAUGAUGGUGAAAAUGUAUUAGAUAUAGAGACUGAUAUAGUAGGCGAAAAUGAUGAUGAAAGUGAUUUUGAUGAUGAUGUUGAAGAAUCACAAAUUCAAGAUCAAUUAGAUCAAUGGUUAGAAAUGCUUCAAGAAAGUAAUGAAAAUGAAAAUGAUUUAAAUUUAGGUCUUGAUGUUGAAAGUAUUGAUCAUCCAGCAGAAAAUAGUAAUGCAAAAUGGGAUUUAAAAAUUAUGUUUAAAGAUAAUUUGCAUUGUCCUUUCUAA